AUGGCGCCGAAGCAGGCCACUUUGGGGUAUGUUCAGCCUUCUCAGACAUUAAUUGGCAAGUUUUUCGGGUCCAAGUCGGACGGACCAGCUCGGCAAUCCAAGCUUGCUUUCUCAACAAAGCCCAAGACUGAGGCAGCAGCUGCCGAUGAUAGCUCAAGUACAAAAGAGAAUACAGACCCGGGCUCAGAUUCGAAGAAGCGCAUCCGAUCAGGCACAAAUGACGACUCCAAAAAAGCUUCGGUGAAAAAGGAAGAUGACGAAGACAGCGCUCCAGUCGCAAAGCGGCCACGACGCAGGCGAGUCAAGAUUGAGAGCGAUGACGGGGAAAUAAUUCCCACCACAGAACCAAUCAAGAAGGAAGAACAGAUGGACUCACCGACAAAGGUCGAAUCUUCUGCUGAGUCCAGCCCCGAACCAUCCGUAAAGAAGGAAAAGGGUACCGACCAGGAGUUCAAGGAAGAGGCCGCCGCUGAAUCCGGCUCAGACAUGGAAGAGAAGCCCGAAGUUGCCGCCAAGGCGCGUAAGCUAGCUCAAACGAAACUCAACUCAAAGACCAAGGACCCAUACCCUGACUGGAAGCCGGGAGCUCCCGUUCCAUACGCCGCUUUGUGCACGACGUUUUCUCUCAUUGAAAUGACCACCAAGCGAUUGAUUAUCAUGGAACAUUGUGCCUUGUUCCUGCGCCAAGUCAUGCGCCUGACACCCGACGACCUACUUCCGACAGUGUUACUCAUGAUCAACAAGCUUGCUCCCGACUAUGCUGGUAUCGAACUCGGUAUCGGCGAGUCGCUAAUCAUGAAGGCCAUUGGUGAGUCGACUGGGCGAAGCCUGCAAGUCAUCAAGGCCGACCAAAAAGAUAUUGGUGAUCUCGGCCUUGUCGCGCUGAAGAGCAGAUCCACACAACCAACCAUGUUCAAGCCGAAGCCAUUGACGGUUCGUGGUGUCCAUCAGGGCCUGAUGGGAAUUGCCACGGUCAGUGGAAAUGGAGCGCAAGGCCGCAAGGUUGACGGCAUCAAGAAGCUUCUCUCUGCCUCCGAUGCCCACAAUACUGGCAAGGUGGACAUUACAAAAGACAAAGGCGGCGCCAGCGAGGCCAAGUACAUUAUUCGAUUUCUCGAGGGUAAGCUUCGGCUGGGCCUGGCGGAAAAGACUGUUCUAGUCUCUCUGGCACAGGCUGUCGUCUGCCAUGAAGCCGACCAGCGUGGAAAGGUGCCAAGCACGUCAGACAUGGAAAAGGGCGAGAGUAUCCUCAAAACGGUCUAUAGCGAACUUCCCAGUUACGACGUCAUCAUCCCUGCCAUGCUCUCUCACGGUAUUCUUAAUCUGCGCGACCAUUGCAAACUACAGCCAGGUGUACCAUUGAAGCCCAUGUUGGCCAAGCCUACUAAAGCCAUCACCGAGGUAUUGGAUCGUUUUGAGGGCCAGACCUUUACAUGUGAAUACAAGUACGACGGCGAGCGUGCCCAAAUCCACUACGUCGCCGAGGAUGCCCCUCAGGAGCUCAGCCAGGCUGCACCGGGCGCCAACAAAGCAGCCGCGAAGGGAGUAGCCAGCAUCUUUUCUCGCAAUUCGGAAGACUUGUCGAAAAAGUAUCCUGAUAUUCUCGCCAAGUUGCACAGCUGGGUCAAGGAUGACACCAAGAGCUUCGUGCUCGAUUGCGAGACUGUCGCGUGGGACAUGGUGGAAAAGACGGUGCUGCCGUUUCAGCAGCUCAUGACGAGAAAGAAAAAGGACGUCAAAGUGGAGGACGUCAAGGUUAAAGUCUGCGUUUUUGCUUUUGAUCUGCUGUAUCUGAAUGGCCAGCCUGUUGUGGAAAAGCCACUGCGAGAGCGAAGAGAGCUUCUUCGACAGGCAUUUGCACCCGUGGAAGGCGAAUUUGCUCUCGCCACUUCCAUGGACGGCCAGGAGCUUGACGACAUUCAAGUCUUUCUGGACGAAAGUGUAAAGGCUUCCUGUGAAGGUCUCAUGGUGAAGAUGUUGGACGGCACAGAGAGCGGAUAUGAGCCAAGUAAGAGAAGUCGAAACUGGCUCAAGAUCAAGAAGGAUUACCUCUCCGGCGUCGGCGACUCCCUAGACCUUGUCGUCCUGGGCGCAUACUACGGCCGCGGCAAGCGCACAUCCGUCUACGGCGCCUUUCUGCUCGCCUGCUACAACCCAAACUCGGACACGUACGAGACGGUGUGCAACAUUGGCACGGGCUUCUCGGAGCAGGUCCUCGAGGAGCUGCACGCGUCCCUGUCCGCCCUCGUCAUUGACCGGCCCAAGCCCUUUUACGCGCACUCGGCCGGCAACCAGCACCAGCCCGACGUCUGGUUCGAGCCCCAGCACGUCUGGGAGGUCAAGACGGCCGACCUCACCCUCAGCCCGCGCUACAAGGCCGGCUGCAAGGAGGGCGUCGACCCGGCCGGCGGCAAGGGCAUCAGCCUGCGCUUUCCGCGGUUCAUCAAGAUUCGCGACGACAAGAAGCCCGAUGAGGCGACGUCGAGCAGGCAGGUGGCGGAAAUGUACCGCAAGCAGGAGAGCGUGACCAAGAAUAAGGGGCCGGCUGUGGAUGACGACUUUGAGUAUUGA